CUGAAACUUUCGUUCCGUGUGUCGAAGGAAUGGAUUAACGUAAUUCAGCCUAAAGUUUUCGCGACCUUUGGUUUCAACAAAAAAUAUUUUUCUCAAGUUAUUUUUUUUAUGGAAAAAAUAUAUUGUGAAAACUACUGUGUAUUUUGCCGGUAAUAUUAGUGUGGACUGAAAGUGUUCGUGUUAUUUUGUUUCCGUUUGCUUGUAAGCUGGUAGACGUGUCCGGUGGGACCGCGCUGGUGGUACCAAGGAUCGAUACUGCGGUAGGAGCGGCAAAGAUCUGGACAAUAUGUUAGAUCGGCAAAGUAAGGCGUGGAGGCGUUGAGAGUUUUCACAUGAGGACAACAUUCUGCAGUCAGCAGGAAGAUGUCCUAAUAUGGGUUGGUCAUGCGUCGUGGCACGCGCCGGAGCCUUCUUGCUGAUGCUCACCAGAGUAUCAGCACUCACAUCCGACAUUUUUGCUGCGGGGAAAUCGGACAAAGAGAUACUGGACAAUCUGUUGAAGAAUUCUCGCUACGACAAAAGACUGCUACCGCCAGUAGACGAUCCAGUGUUCUGUUGUGGUCUUACAACACCAAACGACACUUUAGCUCAGAAUAGAGUCGGCCUCUCUUCCCUUCGGCCUCAGUCGCACAAUCGUGGUGUCCUCACCGUAAAUGUUAGCGUGCUACUUCUUAGUUUAGCAUCACCAGAUGAAUCUAGUCUCAAAUACGAAGUCGAAUUUCUACUACAGCAGCAGUGGUACGAUCCUCGACUACGUUAUUCAAACCAGUCUCAUUACGACUUCCUGAACGCCAUACAUCAUCACGAAGACAUUUGGUUACCAGAUACAUAUUUCAUUAUGCAUGGAGACUUUAAAGAUCCAAUAAUUCCAAUGCAUUUUGCGUUGCGUAUCUAUCGCAACGGCACAAUCAACUAUUUAAUGCGACGGCAUCUCAUUUUGUCGUGUCAAGGAAGGCUCAACAUUUUUCCAUUUGAUGACCCAUUGUGUUCAUUCGCCUUAGAAAGUAUUUCAUAUGAGCAAUCAGCAAUAACGUAUGUGUGGAAGAAUGACGAGGAUACACUCCGGAAGUCUCCAUCACUGACAACCCUUAAUGCCUAUCUCAUUCAGAACCAAACGAUACCAUGCCCUAUAAAAGCUAGUUGGAGAGGUAACUACAGCUGUUUAAAGGUGGAUCUCAUAUUUACGAGAGACCGAGCAUUCUACUUUACUACAGUUUUUAUCCCUGGCAUUAUCCUGGUGACCUCUUCCUUCAUCACCUUUUGGCUGGAGUGGAACGCAGUGCCAGCCCGUUCCAUGAUAGGUAAUUACAGCUGCCUAAGGGUGGACCUCAUCUUCACGCGAGAUCGAUCAUUUUACUUCACCACAGUUUUUAUUCCGGGCAUCAUUUUGGUGACAUCAUCGUUUAUUACUUUUUGGCUGGAAUGGAAUGCAGUGCCUGCUAGAGUUAUGAUAGGUGUUACGACAAUGUUGAAUUUCUUCACCACCUCCAACGGGUUCCGUUCAACAUUGCCAGUUGUCUCAAAUCUAACAGCAAUGAACGUAUGGGACGGCGUAUGUAUGUGUUUCAUCUACGCUUCUCUACUGGAAUUCGUUUGUGUCAACUAUGUAGGAAGAAAACGACCUCUCCAUAACGUCGUGUAUAGACCUGGAGAAAAUCCCGUUACGCAGCGUCUACCAGCAGUUCUCAGCAGAAUUGGCAUUAUUCUGGCCAGUCCUUUGGAGGCGAUGGCCAUCCUCCAUUGGAGAAAUGAAACUCCCCAACCGGGAACGAGCGGUGCUGGAGAUAAAAAGCGUGAAUCAACGGGUGCUGCGGACUUGGUGACCUGUACAGCAUGUACGGGUGCACCAGGAUCUUGCACCCAUACGACAAACAACGGUGGUGUUACAGAGCCAUGUUUCGUCCAGGUCCGUAAAAAAGAGCCUCCACAUCCAAUCAGAGUGGCGAAGACUAUUGACGUCAUCGCGCGCAUCACUUUCCCGACGGCCUAUGCCGUGUUUCUCAUAUUUUUCUUCAUCCACUACAAAGCCUUCUCUUAAUGCUGCCUUAUCCAUACCCGCGAGGUACAUUUGACCGAAAUGAACCUCGAUAUUUUUCUAAAUCUUCUCAUUUAUCACUGCUGUUUUGUACUUUGAGCAAAUCACGAAUCCUAAAAUAUUUUUGAUGAACAAACAAGCUAUUUGUGAUUGUGAUUAUACCUAUGAACUGUUUGUGACAAAAUUUAUCUAGGCGAAUACAAUUAAUAGAGUCGUUGCUGCUUACCUAAUGUUAAGGUAUAUUUGUGAUAGAAUGUUAGUGCAAUUGGAGUUUUUACAGGUUUUGAAAUAGGUUCCAUUAAUUAUACAAGACGAAGAUCGUUUCAAUGUUUAUGAUAGAAUAAUGUGGGAACAAAUAAAUGUUAAAUGUACGCAGAUUGAUUGAUAACUUGAUGGUUUUAUCAUCCUUGUAGUAAAGAAAUCUAUUUCAAACCUCAAUUCAGUCCAAAUGAGUAUUAGCUAUAUAAUAUGAGAGAUUAAAAUAAUUUUAUAAACAAUAAAUUAAGCUGUUUACCAAUUAUUAUAGUAGUAGUAUCAUGCAUUUUAGUCUAGUCACUUUCCUACACAAUGUGAUAUUCUGAUUUCGUAUGGAGCUCGAUUAUUACGACAGCGUUAUAUUAAAAACGUUUAAUUGCUUAGAUUAAGGUUUUCAUUGUAUAUGAUUAGUUGUAGACAUUAAAACCUAAAAAGCUCAAAUUGUUAUGUUGUAUAUAGUUUAUUCAUCUUUGAUUUAACCAAUAACAGUACAAAGUUAUUGAACAUUAUGUAAAAUAAGAAUGUAAGUCACAUUUAUUAUUUUUUGUCCCCCAUAUUUAUCAAGAUGUACUUUAUGUAAAUUAAAAGCCAUGAAAAUGCCUUCUAAGAAUUUUAGAAAAUAUUUUGUUUUGCCAAAUUAAUUUUUGAAACAAUGAUAAACCUUAGUAAGAAAAUAAUCCAAUGUACAAUUCUAGCUUAGUUUAUCUUUAUGGCCCUGCAAUAUAGGCAAGUAAUUAAUUAUUAAAAUUAAUUCAAAUAUAAACAUAAAUGAUUUAACAAUGCUAUUUUCUCAUAUAAUUUGAUAUUAUUACUAACUAACAUUUGCGCUCUCUACACUGUUCCUUAGCUUAGCUUAUAUUUCACAACGUCCAAGAAAAUUCUAAAUAUGUAAUAUGAUAAUUUAUCACCUUAUGUUAGCUGCUUAGACAAUCUGUAGUUCUUGGGUAAAGGGUUACAAUUUUGAUUUGGAUUAAUUUGGAGUUCGAGGCACGUCUACAAAUCGAUGACACCGUUUUACUCAUAAGUUUUUGUAACAUAAUUAUAAAUCUAUAAUACUAAGAAUAAUAUUAAUUUUCUCUGAUUGUUUUUUUUUGUUAAAGUGUUUUUUAUAUAAUUUUAAGUUAAGCUUUAGUUACAAAGCGUGGGAGCUUAUCCAUAAACAUUGUCAUUGUUUUACAAAAUUUCCUCAGUCAGUAAUCAAAAUUUCAUGUCUCAAUCUCCAAAAUAAGCUUUUAAUUUUCAAAGUUUUUCAAUAUUUUAAUCCGUCCAGCAGCUGCUAUCGAAUUAGAACAUUGACCCAAACAGACCUAUAAAAGUUAUUGUAACCUAUUGAUAAAAGAAUUUGUAUAAGUAAAUAAAUCGAGUUGUUUGUCACUUAGCUUAAUACAAAUGAAUACCCAAAAUGAAAAAUGUUACUAAGGGCAUGCUUAACUUCUAUAUUUCAAAUGAGUUAUCUUGCUAAUAAGAGUAACAUUGCUACUUAUUUAUAAUCACGUCAUUAAAGAUUUUGCUAGCACCCUGCUACUGCUUAUCACUUAAAUUAUGCGGACCAAAGUGUCAACUGUAUUAAAAAUAGUAAUUAAGUAGGCAUAUUGGUAAUUUGAAUAGUUAUAUUGAAAGUACCUAUAUAAGAACACGUUUUGGCUGUGCUUUGAAUAUUAUGAUAGUAUAUAUUAAAGAUAUAAAAUAACAUUUCAAUUAAUUUAUGUACGUAAUUGUUUUGCUGGCGAAAGCUUGUACGCGAACGUAGUAGUUUAAAUGGUAUUAGAGCGAACUUUGGAUGUAUAAUCGGGUGGAGACCGACCGAUCUUUAAUAAUCACGAAACUUGAAUAUAAUUAAUUCGUAUAAAUUAAUGUGAUUGCGUAAAGUUAAAUCUGUCGUCACGUGAACCAAUUCGAAAGCUAUUUAGCCCUUAGCUAACAUUUCAAUGCCAUUUUUUGAGAAGACGAUUAUAUGCCGUUAUGCGAAAAAGUGUUUCUUAUCAAACUUUCCAAGACACAACACAUAUUUUUUUAUUAAUUCAUAUUCUAUUUUAAAAUUAGUAUUUCUUUAUGCUUGUGAUCAUCAUACGAUUCUGUUUAAGGUGUUUUUAAUAAUCCAUAUCAUUUCAAGAUAACUCUCGUAAUUUUUUUAUGAAUGGAAAAUAUUGACUCAAUUAGUAAAUUCGUACAGUUUACUACUAUUAUUCUAUUCGGACGAAGUUUUUUUACUAUAAUGCGGUUUGCUUACAAACUUACGUGGCCUUGUUUGCAAAAUUCAAGCCCACUGAGAGCUUCUUAAGUCGUAUACAAAAAAAAUACAACAAAGUUAUUUGAUUCGAGCUAUAAUUGCUCUAAUUGUGUCUGCAGAUGAGUGACCUAAUUUUUAUCUGACUUCUAUAUUCCUUAAUACUUGGUAUGUUCUAGAAGAUUUCCUUAGAUUUUUUUAAAUAUAACAAACACUAAAACAUUGGUAACGUUGGUGAAAUUCCCCGUUGAGACUCAGCAUUCCUAUUUUUAUAAAACUAACAUCGCUUUGCUUAAAUUAUAUUAAGAUGAAAUUACAUAUCAUUCGCUUUAUAAGCUGCUAAAUUAUAUAUGUAUAUUUGUCUUAAAAUAUAAUGGAGACAUUUGUAACGAUAAAUGAUUUUGAUGAUAAUAAAUUCGUAAAUGUUUACGAUAUUUUGUUGAAACUACAAAAUCUACAAUUGCAAAUACUUAUAUAAACUAUACAUGUUAUGAUAUUUUAAAUUUAUGGGUACAACCCGCAACCGUUUUGCUACAAAUUUUAAUAUAUAAUUUUCCACACUUAGAUAUUUAAGUAUAUAUGUACCAAGUACCUACCUAUCCUUAAGCGCCUAUCGCUUUUAUGAAAAUUUUAAAAAUACCAAAUAAUUAUAAGCAUAUUAUAAUUAUUUCAUUUUCUUUAAGUAAUGUUAUAAGGGAUUAAAUAACAGAUUUAGUGGUACUCAGAGUCAUUCAUCACCUUAUCUCUAAUAAUUGUCUUGACGAACGAUGAAGAAGCUCAGCAACAACUACGAAUAACCGAUAGUUAACACCUGAAGUGGUGUGUGAACUGACACUGACACUGUCAUGUGUCAAGUGUCUUUGCUGCGUUAAAACAAUUUAACUUUAUAUGAACAACUCUGACUACGACAAUCUGUUAAUAUUGAUUUAUAGUUGGAACAUGUAUCACAUAAAAAUUAAAAUACGUAAAAUAUUUCACAAUCAAUCAUUUAGGUCGUACCGCCACAUUUUGUCACUUUUAACGUUUCUGCUCUUGUAUAAAGAUGAUUGUGUCAAGAGAUAUGAAAGGGAGUUGAGACAUUAUACAUCAUGCAUUGCAACUUGGCUGUUUAAAUAUAUAUAUAUAUAUAUAAACAUUUUAAAUGUAAUGUUUUUGUAUGUAUAUAUGCUAUGGAAUUGUAGCAUAUAAAAAUAGAUACCUCUUAUCAUAAUCUUUCUACUGCGUAAGGUUUAGAUAAUGUAUAUUUAAUAAUUCAGUUCACCCAAAAAGACAUUAGUGAGAUAAUGAACGCUUUGGUAGUUUUUAAAUAAUAUUCAACAGUCAACAGCCAUCUUAUGUAAGAAAAUGCACAGUUUUAUUAGAUCAAUAAAUGUUGUUAAAUUGUAAAGAAGCUUUAUAAUAAUUAAAGAGCCUCUAUAUUUUGGUUUCACGAAAAAUUACUAACAUUAUUUGAAUAUGCGGGCUAAAAAAUUGUGACUAGAAGUCGGAUUUUUAUUGAAACAUGUAUAAAUUAUUUUGUAUCGAAUUGUACAGUGCUGUUUAGUUGUAAUAUUCAAGGAACUGCUCUAAUCCCUGAUUUUCUUAAAUGCAAAAAAUUUGUUCAAACUCUAUUUUACUUAUUUCUUUCUAAAUUUUAAUAUAUCUAACUUAAUUCUUUGGAUAUGAUAUUUUUAGUUAAAUAUAAUGAUAUAAUUUUUAUUUCUAAAAAAAUAUACGCAUCGAAUUGUUAACAGUAAAGUGAUAAAAAUAUAAUAAUGAUAUCCUUUAUAAUUCAUCAACAAGUUAUUACAAAUUAUUUACUCGAUUAAAAUCGUGGUAAGUGUGGCUUUUUUUGGUUGAAACUAUAAAUUUAAAUUGAAAUACAAUUUUGCAAAAUGUUAAAUUAAACCUUUUUAAAACCACCAUAAAUUAGAAUGAUUAUUAAAUUAAUCUCCUAAGUAAAUUAAACUCAAAUUUGAAAAACUUAACGGCAUCGUUGGUUCUAUACUUGCUCGACAUAUAUUUAGUGUCUUAUACAUAUGCAUCCUCACGCAACACAUGCGCACGAAAGAUUGUAUUAUAAAUGAAUAAUGUGUAUUGUUGUAUUGUAAAUAAUAUUAAUGUAAAGGUUA